AUGUCUAAUAACGCAGCAGACAAUUCUAACAAUGUUACUGCUAAUACGAAUGCCGCUGCUACAAAUCAACAAAUUUUAUACAUGAAUCCACAGACUGAGGAUUUAACACAAUUAUAUGAAUUAAUGAAUAACUUAAAAUCUGUGUUGAGUGACAAUGAAAAAAGAAGAAAUAAUGUUUUGAAAGGAAUAGAUCUUUUAUCAUAUACUUUGAUGAGAGAACAGGAUAAAGAAGGAACAAGUAAUGUUAACAAUAAAACUUUUCAACGCGAUAUAAAUAAUUUUGAUCUAUUUAUAAAAAAUUGUGGAAAAAAACCAACUAUUGUAAAGUCCACCACGGAUACUCUCAAUAGUGAUUCUUUAUUCACCCUUACUCAACAGAAUAAACAGUUGAAAGAAAUAUUAGAAAUAACCGAAUCAGAAAAUAACCAAUAUGUCCACGUAUUAUCUAUGUAUAACAAUGGCCUAUCGGAUAUAAUUAAAUUGUUAAGAACUAAGAUAUAUAGACAAAACAUUGAGCUUUAUUCAAAAUUGAGCCAGACUUUUAAAACACAAUUAUUUGAUAAACAGGAUAUAAUAACCAUGGAAUACCUAAAUGGUAUUGAUGAUUACACGAUCCUAUUAGAAAUAUCAGAUCUUUAUAGAGCAUUGUUGGUGCAUUUGGAUGAUUACAAGAAGAAAAAGGUAACUUUGUAA